GUUAAUUUUAAACUAUCGAUUUGUGGUGUCGGCGAUCUAUUGUUUUUAUUAGAGGGGAUCGUGUUUAACUUGUUUCGAUUAAAUGUAGUAGAUCUUCCCACGAAUAUUUCUUUAGGGUAUUUGUGAUGUAGAGGUUUUAUGAUUAGGGGGUUUUUGGUUUUGCAAAUAUUGUCUGGUGUGAUAUUGUCUUUGUUAUAUUCUUGUGGUUCAAAUGUUAGAUUUGGUUGUGUUAUGGGUUUUAUUGGUGAGGAUUUAUUUAUUUGGUUAAUCCGGUAUUCUCAUAUUUGGGGUGCUUCUUUUAUUUUCUUUUUUCUUUAUUUGCACAUUGGUCGUUCGUUGUAUUAUUCUAGUUAUUCUAAGGUUGGAGUGUGGAAAAUUGGGUUUAUUUUGUAUCUUCUCAUGAUGAUUGAGGCUUUCUUAGGGUAUAUUCUUCCUUGGCAUCAAAUGUCUUAUUGGGCUGCUACUGUAUUAACUUCUGUAGUCGCUAGAGUUCCUUUUGUUGGAGAGUACAUUUAUCGUUACAUAGUGGGUGGUCUCUCUGUUAGGAGGGUCACCCUUGUCCGUGUUUUUUCUGCUCAUAUUUGUCUAGCUUUUGUUAUUGUUGGUUUGAGUGUGAUUCAUUUAUUUUAUUUGCAUGUGGCUGGUUCAAAUAAUCCUUUAUCUAUUCCGGGAUACGGUGAUGUUGUUCUGUUUCAUGGGUUUUAUACUAUUAAGGAUGGGUUUGCAUUUUUAUCUUCAGUUUCUUUAUGUGUUUUUUUUAUGUGAUUGUGUCCUGAUUUGGUAGUUGAUACGGAGGCUUAUAUUGAGGCUGAUCCUUUAGUUACUCCUAAGAGUAUUAAGCCCGAGUGAUAUUUUCUUCCUUUCUAUGCUAUGCUUCGUUCUGUAGAGUCGAAGAUUGGUGGUCUUUUGUUGGUUUUAUUAUUUUUAUUUAUUUUGUGAUUGCCUGCUUGUAAAGAAUCGUGUUGUUAUUAUACUUCUCGUCAGUUGGUGUUUUGGAUUUUGGUUUCUUUAUUUGUGUUGUUGGGUUAUUUAGGUUUGAGCCAUCCUGAGUUUCCCUAUACUUCCGUAGGUAAGGUUUCCUGUGUUUUUUUAGUGUUGUUGUUAUGUGUAUAUAAGAGUUUCUGA